CAAUGCAGAUAAAUAAUUUUAUUCUAUCCCAGUCACAGAUGGAUUUCUUUGCAUAUUAUGAAGAAAGUAAAUCCAGAAAAAUAAAUGUUAUGUUGUUUUUUGAUCAUGAUAUACAUAUUUCCAGAAAAAGCAAGAAGCUGGGUUAUGAUACAGGUUGAGUUGGAAGAAAUGCAAGUGAAAUUUACCAAAUACCUACGUAAAAUAGAACUAAUGCACUGAACAGAUUCAGUUUAACAAGAGUGGGCUGAUUUGAGAAACUGAUUAUGAUUCGAAUAUUAAUUUCUGAGAACUGGGAAAUAAUCUAGAAGCAUUCAGAGACUGUGCUUUUGUACACACCAUAACAUUUUAACUCAUGACUAAAUUAUUACAGGAAGAGGUUUCCAAACAUUGCCUGCACUUAGGAGUCUGUCUAGCUGCAUGGCAUUUUUUUUUUAACUGCAGGAUAACCUAUUUGAAAUACAUUUGCAUUUACUGUGGAGUUAAGGGAAAACUGUUUUGAGUUUCCUGUAUCAAGAUCCAUAGUCAUUUCAUAUUUUUAGACCAAAGAACUUCCUUCAAAGAGGAUAAUAGUCAGUGGUAUGAUCUACAUUAACUUAUCAGGGGAAUACCUGUCUUUAAGUAAUUCACUUAAGUAAGGCAUAUUGAAAGCAUUUCACAAUCAAUUUCAAGAAUAGUUUGUCAACCCUCAAUGAUAAGAAUGGGAAAUUGUUAGAAAGGAGCCUGAAAAUCUUUACUCAUGAUACAGGAAGUCUUUCAAUAUUAAACAAUGAAAUGGCUACACUUGAGUCUUCUUAAUGGUAUUACAUUCUGAUGUCUUCCAUUAGAACCAUUACAAAUUUUAGGAGCUGACAGCUUGAAAAUCUUACUGGGGGUAGAAGUGCAAUUGAGAAAGAUUACAGGACAUAAUGCUAAGAAAAAUAAAAACUUUCUGUCUUGUGAAUCUUGUAAAACAUUUUUGUUGUGUUCUGUUCUCCCAAGAAACAUUUACAAAUUGUUUGAGAAUGAAUACAAAGAAUGAUUCAUAUUGAGCUUAGUGAACAGCAAUAUGGUUGUGGAAGAGGCAAGAGCUAAAGCACAUUUGUACAAGCAAUGGAAAGGCCAGAGCAGGACAAAGGUGUUCAGAGUUUGCAAGGAAGAUGAGGACUGUGCAGGACAGGCACUCAUGACUGAAAGCAUCUGGUUCUAGAUUUCCAUAAAAAAUCCUGAAUUCCAUGAAAUCAGUGACAAAGCCUCCCUGGAUUCCCAAGACUUACCUGCCUUGCUCAUUUGCUUGCUUUACUGGGCAUCCAUUUUUGUACUGGACAAUGUUCAUAUGAUUGUUUCCAAAUGUUUUCUCCCUAAUCCUUUUGCCUCUUCAUCAGAGGAUUAGAAACACAUAUAUUCAUGUUUUCCAAUGCCACAGAACUUUAAAACAAACAAACAAAAAACCCACAAAAACAAAACAAAACCCCAAACAAACAAACUGUUUAAACAACAUACUUACCUGGUAAGCCACUUCCACAGAUUUUCCUGAUCUCUGUUACCAUAGACCUAUCUUGGAGAAGCUGCCCAACUCCAGUUGGAUUGUUUGAAGUGAAAAUAAUUCAGAUGUCUAGCUAAUGUGAUUUUGAUAUUAUAUUAUAAAUGCUACAAUGCUACCAACAUUCAUUCUGCAGAAAAAUUCAAGCAGAUACAUUUCAGUUGCAGUAUUUCCUUUUCUAUAUUUGUCUGUGUGAAUACUGAACAAAUGUAUUUCACAGUUUGUUUCCAACUUUUCUGCUCAAUUAUUCUGUAUAAAUAUUAAUAUACUUUUAAAUACACGACUAAGGAAAUUAUUUGUCAAUACCAGGAAAUGACACCAAAUAGAUAACAGCUCAGAAGAAUGGGUUAAAAACAGGUGUACACCUCUUUACAGAUCUACUUUUAUAGAACAUUUUCUAAAAUUUUCAAAAUGGUGAUAGACCCAGCCUCUGGCACACUACAGUUAAGCCUUCAGUGACCACCCAUGCUGUUGAAAUGUUUUGUCCAGUGAGUGAAUGGAAUGUACACACCAUUGACCACAUUGAACUUGGAGUUCAGCUCUAAAGUAGAUCAAAAUGCAGGAUUAAUUUCAAUAUCAAAACUUGUCUGGCAACGUUGUUAGAGCUGCACACUCAGUAUGUGCCUGGGCCACAAGCUGCCCCCCAGCUGCUGAAAAGGAUCAUCCUUUUGCUGCAGGUGUCUGGUGGUUUUUCUUUUCCUAUAGGGAAUCUUUUUUAGAAGCAACAAAACGCUGCUUAUUUUUAGUUAUCGGAUAGCAUCAGCUUCGGAAACCAUGAUCCCGUCCUGAGCGCUGGUCUUUCACUGGGAAUCUUCCCUGAAGGUGUCUCCACCUCCCUCAUGCACACGCACACCCCUCGCCGCUCCCUCCACACGUGUGUUUUUGGACAUACAGCAGCAGACUAUUGGGUUGCUACCAGAGGAUGGAUUGGAUGGAUUCAGGCGCUCCCCUUCUCCCCCCUUUUUUUUUUUUCUUUUUCCCCCCUUCCUUUCCUAGGCUCCGCUUGCCGUAGCAUACACCUUCUCGAGGGGUUUGCCUGGAUCAUUUAUUUAUCUUGUGCGCAUUAAGAAACCACCAUUAGGCUUUUGUGGGAGGCGCCUUACUUUCUGCGCGCUAGCCUGCCUCCCUUGCGCUGCGAUAGGAAUACACAAUUGAACAGAAGCUGCAAGCUUGGCAGGAGCUGCCUUCUGCGUGCCUAUUUAUUUGCCGGAUCCGUAUUUUUUUUUUGCAGAGUGGGUUAUUGCCGUCCCUCUCCAGGGUUUCAUCUUAAUUUUUUGUGUGUCUGUGGAUUUUAAAUUUCGCUUUUCGGGAAACCUCGCCGGAGUUUCGAUGCCGGGCUGGACUUAGCGCGGGCGCGGAGCCGUGCCUCCUGCCCCCGGGCCCCGCCCGCGGAUCGGCCUCCCUGGCCCGGCGCCGGCCGCGGGUUGGCCGCGGGGCCGCGGAGUGGCGGGUGCGCAGCGCCGCGCCGCCGCCUCCCCGCGAAGCAGCCGGGGGAUGCUGCUGCGCCGCGGCCCGGCAUAGGCAGGAGCCGAGCGGGCGGGGGAGGGAGCGGAGGAAAGGAAGGAAAGACGGAAAGAAAAGAUCCCCCAGCCUCGAGGGGAGAGGAAAACGAGGAGAGGCGAGAAGGUGCGUGAAUGUGAAGGAAUGUGCCUGCCCGCCGCCGGAGCCGCACGCUUGGGAUAAAAAGAAAAGAAAUCGAGGAGGCUGAUUCUUGCGACUCAUUACCCGGAGGGAAAAAAAAAAAAAUAGGAAAAGAAAAACCUGUGAGCAGAGGCAGAAGGAGAGCGAAGAGGCUGAAGCAGGCAGCGCCAAAGGACGGCGCCCGGCGGAUGGCGCGGCCGUCCCGCUGACUCCGCGGCCGCGGGAGGCUGCGCGGGGCGGCGCGGCGCGGGGCACGCCAUGCCGGCGGCGUGACUGAGUGGGGCGCUCCCGCCGCCUGCUCCGCUGCGCCGCGCUCCGCUCUCCUCCGCCCCCCUCCGCCGCAUGCCGCCGGCAGCCGCGGCGCGCUGAUGCCCCGGGGCCGCGGCGGCGCUGCGGACGGCCCCUAGGAUGAGCGAGGGGGCUGCCGGCGCCGCGGCGCCCGGGGCGGCGGAGGGAGCAGCGGCGGCGGGGGGCCCGGGCGGGGAUGGGGCCGGAGGGCCGCCUCGGGAGCUGCGCUGCAGCGACUGCAUCGUCUGGAACCGGCAGCAGACGUGGCUGUGCGUAGUGCCCCUCUUCAUCGGCUUCAUCGGCCUGGGGCUCAGCCUCAUGCUGCUCAAGUGGAUCGUGGUGGGCUCCGUCAAGGAGUACGUCCCCACCGAGCUGAUGGACGCCAAGGGCGUGGGGCAGGACCCCUUCUUCCUCUCCAAGCCCACCGCCCCCCCUCGCGGCGCGGAGACCACCGCCGCCGCCACGCCGCGGCCGCCCAGCCGCGUCAGCCCCCGCCUCACCACGAUGAGCCGGGCCCCCCCGCGGCCCCCCGGCACCCGCGGACCGGCGCGGGGCGGCCCGCGGCCCACCGCGGCACGGCACCCCGCCGCGCCCCACACAGCGCCGCCCGCCAGCGGCCCCCCCGGCACCGCCGGCCGCGGCGCCCGGCCGCCGCCCGCCGCCCCCAGCACCCCGCCGCUGCCCGCCUGGCCCACUGCGGCACACGCUACCUCCUCCUACAAGAUCUACGUCCACGACUCGGCGCCGUCCUGGACCUUGUCUCCCUUCCAGGAGUCAACCACCACCACACCGGAGGCCAGCACGACCCCCAAAAUCCAUACUACAACGUAUUCCACUGAGCGAUCUGAGCACUUUAAGCCAUGCAAAGACAAGGAUCUUGCAUAUUGUCUCAAUGAAGGGGAAUGCUUUGUGAUUGAAACCUUAACAGGCUCACAUAAACACUGCCGGUGCAAAGAGGGCUACCAAGGAGUCCGCUGUGACCAAUUUUUGCCGAAAACCGACUCAAUCUUGUCAGAUCCAACAGACCAUUUAGGAAUUGAAUUCAUGGAGAGUGAAGAAGUGUACCAGCGCCAGGUGCUGUCUAUUUCCUGUAUCGUCUUUGGCCUAGUCGUAGUGGGCAUGCUUUGUGCAGCGUUCUACUUCAAAACAAAGAAACAAACAAAGCAAAUUCAUGAACAGCUGAAAGAAACACAGAAUAGGAAAACCUACAGCCUAAACGCUUCCAGCAUGAUGGCAAAGUCAGAGUGUAUGGCACAAAGCCGAGUCCAGCUGCAAAAUUAUUCAAAACCAGAUAGGCAUCCUGGGCCUGUUCUGGACAAAGUUAUGGAGUCUAGUUUUUCAGGCCCUCAGUCUUUCCCAGAGGCCUUGUCUCCCGACAGAGGAACCCAGCCCAUCAAGCAACACAGAAGUCUCUCUUCAUGCUGCAGCCCAGGACAAAAAAGUGGGAUGCUACAUAGAAAUGCCUUUCGGAGGACUCCUCCCUUGCCUCGGGGUAGGUUCAAUGGAAUUACAGGACCAGCAUAUCAGCAGCUAGAAGAGUCAAGGAUCACAGACCAGGACACAAUACCUUGUCACGGGUGUUCGUCCAGUGGUUUAAAAACUCCUCAGAAUACUUCAAUAAAUAUGCAACUGCCUUCAAGAGAGACAACCCCUUAUUUUAAUAACAUGGAUCAGAAGGACUUGGUCGGCUAUUCAUCUUCAAGGGCCAACUCAGUUCCCAUCAUCCCAUCUGUGGGCUUGGACGAAGCCUGCAUGCAAAUGCAAAAUGUUUCUGAAGUAACAGGCAUCAAAUGGUGCAAAAACUCCUAUUCAGCUGAACUUGUCAAUGUGAGUUCCCCAGUCAGUAAUUGUCUUAUAGCAGAACAACAUGAAGUGAAAAUAUUGCUAGAAACUGUGCAGGAGCAAAUUCGGAUUCUGACGGAUGCGAGGAGGUCGGAGGACUAUGAACUGGCGAGCGUAGAAGCAGAGAGCAGCGUGAGCGAAAACACAGCCUUUCUGCCCAUGAGUCCCAUGGCCAAGUCAGAGCGAGAGGCACAAUUUGUCUUAAAAAGCAAAACGCAAAGAGACUCAGUAUUGACCAAGUGACUUUGUGUGGGGGUUGUGGGAGGGGAAACAAGAUCUGUGCAUUCGAUGCUUUGCUAAACAGGAAGGGAGGAGAUUAAAUACAAAUUAUUUAUAUGCAUUAAUUUAAGAGCAUCUACUUAGAAGAAACCAAAUAGUCAAUCGCCCUCAUAUCAUAGUGUUUUUUAACAAAAUAUUUUUUUAAGGGAAAAGUUCCAGGAGGGGUAAAGUGUACAUCAGGUGCUUUCUAGGCAGGAUUACACAUACAGUUUCAGUUACAGAGCAUUGUACUGCGGUCCUGUUCAGCUGUCCGAAGGCUUAGGCUAUGCAUCCUUUUUUUCAGUAAAGCCCAAGAACAUUCCUAGAUUCGUUUCUGGUUUCAGGGCAGAACUGGCCAGGGAUUCAGACCCUGAGGAGCAAGUCCUGUCACACCAGCACAUGCCUGGUCCCCUCUCCCCCUCUCCUUUUGGUUCCAGGUUCAUACUGUGGAAAGAGGCAUGCAAGUGUCUACUUCCGAGGUCUGGUACCUACUGUGGAAUGACAAUAAAUCCCUAAAUUGAGACAGAUGCUUAACUCUUGACCUUACUUUAAUGUGUCAGUCAGCCCAGGAAAGUCAAUAGAAACAUUUAGGAGCUUUGAGUUUGGCUAAGUGCGGAGUGGGAUUAGGGUCUGCAGAGAUGCAGUGGUCAGGAGCCUGCGGCUGCUCCAUCCUCUGAUAGAGGCUCCAUCCUGCCUUGACAGGGAGUGAGGAAGAACAAGAGAAAGUGCAAAAGUGUGUAUUGUGACAGGUUUGGGUUCCGUUUUUGGUUUGGGUUGUUCAUUACUGACCCCUCAACAUUCCGACACUGUUACGCUUUGAAGGCAUUUGUAAGCUCUCAAGGAGCACUUCUGAGUGUGUGUGUAUUUUUUUAGACUUAUUUUUUAUUACGGACUGUUCAGAGAAUAGUCAGGGAGCUCCAAUAUGAUAAAAAUCCUGUCGAUAAGUGUCCACACUGCCCUAAUUUGUUCCUGCUUUCAGCUCCUCUGUCACUUUAAGUAAUUGUGGCUUAGGUUUGUGAACUUUAAAGCUUAAACACUGCAGAUGGUUCGGUACGGGCAGACCCACAAGCAUGCACAGAUCUGAUUCGAAUGGGGCAGUAUUAGAGCAGAUGGUUUUCACCAAAUCAUUCCCUGCAAGGGGACCAAGGCCUUAGAGAAGAAAUGCCAUUUCCUGGUUGCUGUAUCCCAAUCACGUUAGAAGCAUUUUUUUCAUUUUCUUUCUUUUUGAGUCCUUUUUUCCCCCAUACAUUUUAACAUAAUAUGACAAUAAUUCUAUGAAUUGGGUUCAGUGACACAUGCAUUACUGUCUUAUUUUAGUAUUAAAAUAUCUGCCUAUUUGUGGGGAAUAAGAAAAUAAACUAUAAUAAAUAAUUACUAAAUAGCCCUCCCUGGUUAAUGAUUGAUUUUAAAAAAUUACGGUAUCUACAGAAUGUAUUAAAAUAUUUCUUUGCAGCAAACUAAUUGUUAGAUUUAUUAAUGUGCCCCAGACUUUCCACUUCACAAGUCUCAAGACUUCCCAAAAUAGCACAGUCGAUCACACAGUGCUGUUGUAUGUUGAGUCAGAAUAAAGCAAUAUUUUAACCUCUGUCAAGUAAAUUGGAAAAGAAAUGCUGAAGGUGUAUGUCAUUUUUUUUUGUUAAGACAGUAAAAAAAAACAAAUACUAUUCACAAGUCUUCAUUCUGCAAGUCUUAUUUUGGGUUUCUUUUGUGGUUCUGUUUUUUUAAGAUAACAGUGAUGAAACUGUCUUGUUUACAGAACUUUCUAUGGCUGUAAUCUUUGCUGUGUGUUUUCAAUAAAAAUAUAUUUGAGGGCAAACGAUGCUUUAUGCCACAGGAUGUAGCACACCUCAUUCAGAUUCCCUUCUUCAAAGACAUGGAGUUUUUGUUGUAGCAGCAAGGUGGUUUCACCACGAGGAGUGGUCUCACCCUGAUGUGUUUCUGCAGUCUGUUGUGGCUGGAUGCAGUCUCACUGUGCAUGAGCUGAGCUGGUGGCCGUGGGUACGGCCUCAGGCCCACGUCCAAUAAUCCCUCUGAAAGAUGAGGUAUAUUAAGUGGGGCUCAGCUUUGCAUCCCUACAAUUGUGUGACUUUUCUGUCAACACUGUUUACAACCUGCCAGCUCAGGACAUGAGCAAAGUGAGCUUGUGUCUGUACAUAAGCCUCGUGAACAUACCUGUAAUAUGAAAACCGGCUACUAUAUAAAGCUCUGAUUAACUAAUUUAUGAAGUGUGAUCACAAUUAAUUAAUUGUUCACUAUUAAUUUCACCAAGAGAUGGUCUCACUGCAACAUAGUGCAGAAGCAUGGCUAAACAGAUGUUUCAAAAUAAUUUUUUUUCAAUCCAGGUGUAAGGCCUUCUCACUGCAAAUCCUUCCAAACCGCAAAUUAACCUUUGGCAAUGUAUUGGAAACACACGGCAAGAUUUCUGUUGAAGAAAGAACCAUAUCAUAAGCAAUGCCUUGAUGGAGAGAAUGUGUUCACUCAGCACUGCCAAAAGACCCAGAAAGAGGGGAAGAGCAAUGUAUUUAAGAGAAUGAAAUGUUUGUCUGAAUGGUAGAUGAAGGUUUGAAAUGGUGAGGAUAUCUUCAGUUCAUAUUAGAGAUGCGAUCUUGUACUCAGCAAAGGAUGUGUGACUGUUGUAUGUUAACUGUUCUAUUCAGUUUUCAGCAUGUUUGAAUAGAGAGACAUUAAUAUUAACCAUAUGACAGACUAGUGUAUUCUUUGUUAAGAGUAUCGCUUCAGAUUCUAUUGAAACUGCCAUUGUUUGCAGAUGAAAAGAAAAAGGGUUGAAAACAUCAAACUAGGUAGCCUUAAUGUUGUUUGUGAGUUUCUGUAAUGCAACUGUUUUCCUCCAUGGACCUUCCUGUUCUAUGGUGAAUGUGACAACAUUUUUUCUGAGGUCUGAUUAUUAAUUAUAUAGAGGACACAAAAGAAAGUUGGAGUUGAACAGCCAAAAUGGUAGGCCAAAUGUUGCUUUACUUUUGACCCCUUUGGUCCCAUCGAACUGAAUGGAUCAGAAGGGAUGCAAGUCAGUGCAAAAUGCAGUUCAUUCCUAAAAUUAUAUCUGUUGCUAGCCUUGGAAACAGACUGUAAUCCCCCUAAAAGAGGUUCUGAACUCAGUCAUUUACCUGUAACAUAAUUAAAAUUUAUAUCUGACCUAUGAA